AUAAUAAUAACUAUAUGUUUUUUGUUCCUGCGUGGAAUACGAUUCCUCCAUUUACCGGAAUCAAUUUCUUUCCCACCACCCACUCGAAUCAACAUCUUCAAAUCUGCUGCUUUUUCAAAAAUAUCUCGAAGGCCUUUCCGUUUCCCAUCGACCAUUCUCUCUCAGUUAUAUCUGCAGUAGUAGUGAUUGAUAUAUAAAUUAGGCAAAAAAGAAAAAAGAUGGGUGGAGAAAGAGCAGUACAUCCAGAUUGCAGGAAUUCGUCAAACCCGUAUCAUGAAUGUAGUGAAUAUUGCUUUAAAAUUAUAGCUGAGGCCAAAAAACUGGCUUCUCAAAAUCAACCAGCUGGCUUGAGAGCAGAUGCUAGUUUUCAGCCGACUUCAGCUGUGACAACUGCCCAAACUGAGCUACCCGAGGCUGAAAUUAAUCCUGAUGAUCCUCCAAGUGGUGAUGACGAAAAUGCCCAAGAGGAUCAACCGGAAGUUGAUUUCACUAAGCUUACAGGGAAACAAAAGAAAUUGUUUGAGUUAAGGCUGAAGAUGAAUGAGGCUAGGAAAGCCAAUCAAGCUGCCAUGGUGGCCGAGAAGAAAAAAAUGGAUCCUCCACAAGAGUCGAGAGGAAUUUCUAAACAGAAGUGGCUUGAAGAACGGAAGAAAAAGAUUGGCAAGCUUCUUGAUGCUAAUGGGCUGGAUAUGACGAAAGCAUACAUGUUAGAUACACAGCAGAUGGCAGAGACAAAGUACAAAAAAUGGGAGAAACAACCUGCUCCAGCCGGUUGGGAUGUAUUUAAUCAGAAAACCUUGUAUGAUGCAUACAAGAAAAGGACCAAGAAGAUGGAUGUUGACCUUGAAGAAUACAAUAAAAUGAAGGAAGCGGAUCCAGAAUUUUAUAGAGAAGCGUCAAGUCUGCAAUAUGGAAAGGCACCCAAAGUCUCUGAAGAUAAGAUUGAAAAGAUGGUGAAGGAGCUGAAAGACAGAGAUGAGAAGCGGAAUUCAUUCAGUAGGAGAAGAAGAUUUCAUGAAGAGAAAGACAUUGAUUCCAUCAACGACCGUAAUGAGCAUUUCAACAAAAAGAUCGAGCGUGCUUUUGGCAGAUACACACUCGAGAUCAAGAACAAUCUUGAGAGGGGAACUGCUUUACCUGACUAAAAGCCUUGUCAUUAGAUUCCCUUCAUGUGUAACAAUAACUGGAUCCUUGUUUUGUGUACUUCCCCGGCUUUGUCGGAUAUGCCAAAUUUGAAGAAGGUUGAUAGAUAUAGUGAUAUGUAAGGUUCGCAAUACAUGCAUCCAUGCAGUGUUUCGACAGUAUUGAAGUUUUAUAAAUCCAAGUUAUUCCUUUGGUAA